GUGUCUAGUUGAUAUUUCCCAUAUUUAACUGUUGCCAAAAUGUUCAUUUCCCAAGCAAUACUUGCAGUAUCAGCUUUAAAAAAAAUAAAUUAAAUUUAAAAAGAAAAAAAGCUCUAAGAACAGUGAUGAAGAAACCGAAAGUAAUCGAAACGAUCAUUGGCGACGACGGAACCCUAGACCGAAUCAGCCAGUUACCUGAUCCACUGCUUGUCAAAAUCCUCUCUCUUUUACCAACAAAGGAUGCUUUCACCACAUCUGUUAUCUCUAAACGGUGGCAGCAUCUCUGGACUUGUGUUGUUAUAUCAUGGAAAUCUCUGAAGACAUUCAAGUUUAAUCAUGGGAAGUUAGAUGAUGAAGUAAUUGUGCAGUUACUAUCAGGUUGUCCUGCUUUGGAAACUAUUGAAUUGUCAUCUUGCCGUAUCUUUAGUCGUCUCGAAAUUAAUAAUAAUUUUAACUUAAAGAGUUUGAAGUUGGAAGAUUGUUAUGUUCGUUUUGGAAGAGGUUGUCAUUCGUUGAAAAUUAUUGCACCAUAUGUUCAGCAUUUGGAGAUUUCAGGAACUAUUGGGGAUAUUAAGUACUAUAGGUUAUUAGACGUAUCGUCGUUGGUCAGUGCUGAGCUUACUUUUGGUAUUAGAUGUAAGAUGUGGUCUGAUUAUGAAGAUGGGGAGAAUUACAAAUGUCUUGAUCAUCAUUGUAUUGUGCAGACCCUUGUCAAAAAUUAUCUUCAGAAAUUGAGUCAUGUAACAGAGCUAACAAUCGGGUCUUGGUUUGUAGAGAUCCUGUUCAAGCUGCAGCUUGACAGAGUGCCGCUUCCAGAACUGAGAUGCAAAUGUCUAACACUCAAGUUGCAAUUGACAAAGUGCAAUUUUUCUGGAGUAGCUAGCAUAUUGCAGGCCUUCCCUCACGUGGAGACACUCAACAUCGACAUGCAAGUCAAUGAUCGUCAUCAUUUUCACUGCCGCUAUGAUGUUAGUUAUUUGGACAAAGAUGAUACUAUCGGUUUGGAGAGUUGGAUUUCAAACUUUGCAUUUCGCAGUCUCAAGAGUAUUAAUAUUAUCUGCUCCUUUGCGAUGUGUUUGGAAGAGCACCGUCAUAAGCUGUUUGAACUUUCACAAUUUCUCUUAAAGAGUGCAUUGGUUUUGGAGAAGUUCCUUAUCAUAGCAAAGAAAAGAAAAUGCCAGCACUGUUCAAAGAAAUGUGUUUCCCCAUAUUGUCACAAUUAGCUGCAAAUUGGAACGUUGCAGGAGAAGCUCCACCAAAUUUAUGCUGGUUUUCCAUGAGUCGGAUUUUGAUGACUGGAAUGCAUGUGGUUUUGUUUCUCCGCACACUAGAAAUGGCGCUUCAUAUUCUAUCUUUCCGGGUUCACUUCUGAUGAUGUUAUGAAUAUUUAACUCGUCUAUGUUAGUAAAAAUGAUCCUUUUUGUGAUCUUUCCCCUGCUGUAUUUGUGCACCAUCAUCUUCUUCAACUUGGUAUUCAAACAGCUAUCUGUAUCUUGAUUAAGUUCAUAGUUUUAUGAUCUUGCCAGGUCUAACAUGUAUUCUCUCUUAGUAAGGAGGAUUUUGAGAUUCCUGAAGUUCAGUGCUCAUGCUAACUUUCUUUGUCGCUGUAGAUGUGACUGCCAGCACAUUAAAAUAAGUUACUUGCUUGGUUUGUUAGGGGUA